CCCAUAGCUGUGCAUGGUGAAGGUCUCUCAGCAGUGAAAGAGUGCGCUCUCCCCACACACCUGCCGCCUGCACUCUGCUGCGUCCCAUGUGACCGUCACAGCCCCGGGUGACAGGUGAGCGUCUCCAUCCUGCUUAUCCAGCACUAUUCCUCCUCCGGCCCCGGGGUAUCAGGCAGUCUCUCUCACUGUCCCGCACCCCCAUCUCACCUUCUGCCCGGCUGCACCGCUGAGCCCCAGCAGUCAGUGCUAGUGACCCCAGCCACUAUGUCAUCUCCCACCGCGGAGUCCCCCACUAGGAAAAAGCAGGGUCUGAGGAAGAGGCUGCUGAAACUUUUCUCCAGGAGUGAGGGGAACAUAAAGGAGAAGUCCAGGACGCGCAGUGAGGGAGACAGGAGCCCGGCAGCCCCUAGGGAAGACCGCCCGGAGCGCAAGGGCAGGAGUAGCUGGAGUGAGAAGAGGGGACGGAAGGACAGGAAUGAAGCACAAGAUGGAGCGGAGAGUCUGCCUCGGCUCAGGCAUCUCAAAUCGGAAGAUCCCGUUCUGAGGAAAACUUCAAGAGACACAAAGACUCGAUCCCUUAGUUACUCUGAGUUGGAGUUACCGUCUACUAGUCUUCUCCAGCGGUUUGGGAGUCUUACCUGGCGCAAGAAAAGGUUCAGUGCACUGGAAUCUAGUGAGACACUCCCUAACGUGUCAUCUCCAACAGAAUCUCGGUGGUCCAUGGGAAGGCUAGACAGACCUGCUGUAGGGAGUGACCUGGAUUUAGAUAACAGAAGUCCCAAAUCUAGCAUUGUUGAAUCUCCUUGCCCACAGUUCACCCCUAAAAACUCUGAUCAUUGUUCCAUUACAGAGCAGAAAGUUCAAAGGACAUUAGAGAUAUCAACAUCUUUUGAUUGUUUGACAGAUGGAGAUGAGGAUCACAAUUCCAGUCAUGAAGUCUUUAUAGGCAAAACUGCCCAGCAACAGUUACCAUUUGCUUUUCCAGACAACCUGGAAGGAGAAGAGGAGGAGUCGCUCCCAUGCUGGGCAGAGAGUAUACUAAAGGAUUAUCUGUCAACGGACCAUUUUAUACCUGGUUCAGCGCAUCAUCUUUCAUCUGGACACUCACACAGUACAUACAUUUUGGAAAAGGGCAAAGAACCACAUCAGUAUCGAAGCCCACUUUAUCAAAGCACAUUAGCAAAAGAUAUAAUACAAGAGGAGACAUUUGAAAAGAAGUCCCAAGUAAACAACAGUGCAUUUUCUAGUGAAGAUGUUUCCCACUUCAAAAAUCUCCUUAUUGCCAGCUCCAGCACUGAAAUACAAAGACAAAGCAAUCAGAAUGAAGUUCACAAGAACAUGUGCCACAUAGGCUCAGACACAGAAGAAGCUAGAUACCACAUACCUCUCUGUACCAGCAACAUUCCACAAGAUGUGGUACAAAACCCCCCCACCAAAAACAUUGUUCCUAUCCUUUUUCACACACUACCUCAGGAAGGAGAACAAAAUAAUGCAUAUAAAUGUAAAAGUCCAAAUAUAUUAUGUCCUUCUACAGAGAAGGAGAAUUUGAAAUAUGAAUCCUCCCUAAACUAUGGAGACUCUCCACAAGAUGGGGUUCAAAAGGAGGCCACACAACUGCCCCUCCAGGACCUGUUUCAAGAUGAGACACAAAAUGUGCACAUUUACUCCAGCAUUCUUGGGCAGGAAGCAGCACAGAUUGUUCCUGAGAACCACGCAUUCAAAGAGCACAAUAACCCACAGCCAUCUCCAAGCGCAACCAAAAUCAAAUACCAAGUUAUCAUUACCAUGACUAAAGAGGAAAAAGAGCAGAUGCCAGGGCUGGUACAGGAGAUGGUGAAAGGGGAGGAACUGGUAGGACUAGAUCUGACGCUGUCACCUUCAGUGGAAUCUCAGGCAUGUGGCUACCAUGGGGCGGGUCCUACAGAGGUGACAGCUCAGGCACUCACAGAAACAGUGGAGCAUAUUGCACAGACUGCAGCACAAGAGGAGGAGAUCUUAACGAAGAGGAGGGGAGGCCAGACCUGUGAGGGGAAACCAGUGAACAGAUUUCUCAGCUCGGCAGUGAAUGAGGAUCUCCCCUUUCUCAUAUUUGGCUCUGAACAGGUGGCUGAAUAUAGCAGACUUGAUUCCUCUAAAAUGGAAAAAGAUUAUAACCACUUGCCAAAAAGAGCUCAGACUUCUAGGAUGUGUGAAAAGCAAAGCUCUCAUGAGUCAUCAAAAGGGUCUAUCAGGAAGGAUAAGGAUAUUGCAGGAACCAAGAAACUGUCACAUAGCCUCAAUCUGCCCCUCCAAAAUGUUGGCCAUGUAAAAGGUCUGCAAAAAGUGUUUGAAGGUUUUAGCUCAAGAGAAGAGCUCACACAACAUGGAACAAUGGUAAAACCCAAGCACUAUGGAUCUCUCAGUGAGAAAAAUUGCCUUGUACCUCAAGACUUGUCUGUAGUUCCCGGAGUUCAUGGGCCAGUUUUUUCUCAAGUUUAUAAUCCCUUGAAAAAAGAUCACUUAGAGAAGAAAAGUGAACAUGCAACAGUGUCCGUCACUGGCAGUGCUGCAAAGUUGCACCUUUCUCCAAUAUUACAGAGCCAUAUGGAUAGUAAUAGGAUGUCGUCAAAAGCUAAGAAUAGUACUAGUAAUGACAUUGCAGAAAAUAAAUUAACCCAUGGUUGCCACAGUGAUAGAGAAACCAACCACAGACAUGCAAGACCCUAUCUUCAAGAUCUGCAGCUUCCUCCUCGAACACCGACACCACCCCUUCAAAAAACUAAGAGUAAUGUUUCCAUAUCUCUGAGAUCGCCAAAAGGAUGGAACAAUGAGAGUGUUAUGAGUCGCUCACCUAGGGUUGGUUUUGGGCAGAGGCUUACAAAUCAAAGGGACACUAUGUCUCCAAUGCGAUCUCAAACAUCAGACAAUUUCUUCUUUGCAGGUGGCAAUGUCUCUAAUUCUAUGCCAGAUCCAGAAUAUCUGAAAAAAGUAGGAAAUACUGAAGCAAACAGUCAUAUAGAGUCACCAGGAGAGAUACAUAAAAAACAUAAUAUAAUGAACUCUCAGGAGCAGAACAAAGUACAAUUUACAACAUCAUUCCAUCAGAAUGCGCGCCAUGAUGGAGGCCAUACUAUCAAAGAGAAAGAGACAAUUCACAAAAGUGGUACUGAGAGAGGGACAACCAGCAUAAAAAAUGAAAUUGAAGAAGAAUAUGAAGCUCAUGAGGAUUCAGGACAAAUAGAUCAAUUAAAAAACAGACUUAGUGAUCUACAACCUGAAAAAAAAUUACUCAAAGAGGUCACAUAUAGUGAGUGCAAUAUACAUUUAGUUAAUUUGAAACUAGGAGACAAAGAAGACUAUACAGAAAAAAACAUACAAUCAAAUUCAUAUAAAAGUCAAGAGCUUCCUCCUACAAAAAAUCAAAGGGAAAGACAGGCUAGUUAUUCACGUGAUGUAAAAGUUAUCCACAAACUAAGUACUAAUCAGAGAGAGAAGCUGGAAAAUUCAAAAGAUAAUCAAAAUGUUAUUGGUGGCAUACUUAAAAACCAUAUAGCAGAAUCAUCUGGGGAUGUUGGCACAUUAUAUAAGACUAUAAAAAAUGCAGAUGGGGAUUUAAGCAAAGAUGGUGUUGUAAAAAAUAAAAACAGCCCUACCAUAAUCCUUUAUAAAAUAGCUAAUCCUGAUUCUGUGAAAUUAAAUAAAUACACAGAUAAUUAUAAAAUUGAAAAUGAUAACUGGGCAAAUACCAAACAACAAGUUGUGAAGGAUACUGUAUCAAAGGAUAGAUUAUCACCAAAACACAAACCUAAAGAAAGAAAACCUACACAAGAGCCUCUCACACAUAGUGAGCUUGGUAUUAAAAGUAAAUCAAAACCAGUUGUUUUAUCUAUACCUCAGGUAGGGCAAUUGUCAAGGAUAAAACAAUCUAAGGCCAAAAUUGAUCAAGCCAUUGCAGAGCAAAUUGUAGUGGUUGCAGAUAAAAGUACAGAUGCAAAAGAUCAACAAAGAGACAUAAUGGUUCAGUCUGAUAAGGUGGAAAAGAAUACAAAUGUUUCAAAUGUAGUUGUGAAUGAGGUGGAUGUUGUGCCCAUAAACAAAGAGUCAGUUGAAAGCAUCUUAGAUCAGCAAGCAAUAGACAUGAAACAGGAAAAAAGUGGAGAUGCAAAAAGCCUAUACAAGAUUACAGAAGCCAUAGGUGUAUUAUCAGCCUCAACAAUAGAUUCCAGUAACUUACCAGUCAACAAAGUUGAAGACUUAAUGGACCAAGAUAAAAAUGUUAUAGUCUCCAUGACAAUAAAGGAUAGACUAAUGGAAAAGUCCAAUGAUCUGGUGGUUGAAAUUUCCAGAACAGAUCCUACAAUAAAUGUUAUUGAAGAUAAGACUGGGUAUUUAAAAAUAAAUACUGUAAAUAUGAAAAAUAAGACUGAACAAGAGAUGGUUGUAUUGGUAGACUCUUUUAUAGAUACGAGUAAACACCAAGUUAAAGAUCUGAUGGGACAAGAGCAGAAAUGUGUAGAAAAAUUUGAAACACAGGAUAAACCAAAGGAAAACUCUAGUGAUCUGUCUGAUGAAAAUUCAUCAGUAUACAUAAAUAAAUUAAACAGAACUGAAGAUCAGACUAAAGAAUUAGAUAAAACAACUGUGUUUAUGCAGGACCAGAAUGAGCAAGAGAUAGUUGUGCUGGUAGACUCUUUUAUAGAGUCCAAUGAUCAAGCAGUAGAUCAUUUGAAUAAAGAUUCCUCUAGCAUGGUGGCUGAAGUUGAAUAUAUGUAUGAACAAAGUCUGAAACCCAAUGAUUUGUACUUCAGAAAGAACAUGCACCAAAAACUGCCAUUAGAUCCAACCUUAAUUGUCAAAGUUGAAGAUCUGGUAGACCAAGACCGACUAUUUAUAGCUAAUGUGGAAAGAAAGAAUGAAUCAAUGGAAAAUUCCAGUGAUCUACCAGAUGAAAAUUCAGCAUUAAACAUAAAGACAGUAAACAUAAUUGAAGAUCAGACUAAAAAACUGGAUAAAAAAACUGUAUUUAUGCCAGACCAGACUGAACAAGACAUAGUUGGUUUGAAAGAAUAUUUUAUAGAGCUCAAUGAUCAACCACUAGAUAAUUUGAAAGAAGAGUCCUCUAACGUGUUGGCUGAAGUUGAAUAUUUGCUUGAACAAAAUAUGAAUUCCAAUGAUUUGUCCCUUCGAAAUAACAUGCACCAAAAAUUGCAGUUUGAUCGUGCUUUAAUUAUUAAAGUUGAAGAGCUGGUGUACCAAGACCAACCAUUUAUAAUCAAUUUGGAGAGCAAAAUUGAAUCAACGGAAAAUUCCAGUGCUCUACCUAAUGAAAAUUCAUCUGUAAACAUAAAGACAGUAAACAUAACAGAAGAUCAGCCUGAAGAACAGGACAAAAAAACUGCAUUUAUGCAGGACCAAACUGGACAAGAGAUAGUUGUACUGGUAGAUUCUAUUAUAGAGUCCAGUGACCAACAAGUUAAUAAUCUGAAAGAAGAGCCUACUAUUUUGUUGGCUGAAGAUGAACAUAUGCAUGAACAAAAUAUAAAUUCAAAUGAUUUGCUCUUCAGUAAGAACAUACACCAAACAAUGCAUAAUUUAAAUGUCAAAGUUGAAGAGCUGGUGGACCAAAAUCAAACCUUUAUAGUUAAUGUGGAAACCAAGGAUAACCCUAUGGAAAAUUUGAAUGAUCUGCCUGAUGAAAAUUCAGCUAUGAGCAUAAAGAAAGAAGGCAGAACUGAAUAUCAGGCUGAAGAAUUGGAUCGAAAAACUGUAAUUAUGAAGGAUCAGACAGGACAAGAGAUAGUUGCAUUAGUAGACUCAUUUAGAGAAUUCAGUAACCAACCUGUUGAUAAUAUAAAAGAAGAACCUACUACAAUGUUGGUUGAAGAUAUGUUUAUUGUCAAAGUGGAAGAUCCAGUUGACCAAGAUCAAACAUGUGUAGUCAAUGUGGAAACAAAGGAUGAACUUAUGAACAUUUCCAGUGAUCUUCCUGAUGAACAUUCAGCAGUAAACAUAACUGAUGACCAAACUGAAGAGAAAGAAACGGUAAAUAUGAAGACCCAGUCUGGACAAGAGAUACAUGUUUUAGUUAAUUUGCUUACAGAUUCCAGUGGGCAAACACUUACCAUCCAAAAAGAGCACACUUACAUGUUGGACAAAGUUGAAGAUCUUGACCAAACCAGCAUAAAUUCUCAUAAUCUGCCAUGUGCAGUCAUAGCACAAUACGGUCAUGUCAUUGGUGAUCAAAGAAUAUAUGUUAAAGAAAACUCAGCAGAACAUGCUAAGGACAUUGAUAAUGAGGUGGGCAAGUCUUCACAAGUAAUUAAUCAAUUUGCGCAAAAUAUUGCUAUUGAGAAGCCAGAUGUUAUUGUGGAAAACCACAUUUCAGAUACAGAUAUUCAUUUUGGGCAUACAAGUAAACAGCAUGAUAAUGCUAUACUUAUUUCACCAAAAAGUAUGUCUGAUAAAGAUGUGAUAAUAAAACAACCUGAAAAAGAAAUUGUUGAUCAAGCUGGUGAAGUAGUCCUUGAAAAUGCUGGGGAAGGGACGAAAAUCCCAACUCCAGCAAGGGAGAAGUUAGCACUAGAUUAUGAUAAAUGGACAACUGACCAUACUUUGGAUCAAAUUGUGGAUCGUUCUGCAUAUGUGACUGUGGAUAAAUCUGAAAAGUCAGAUGAUUAUAUGAUAAGAAAUAUGUCAACAGAAAAUGGUAGUUGUCAAACAAAUGAAGACCAAGUAGACCACACUAUUAAUAAGCAUGAGUAUUCUGAAAAUGUAAAUAGAAUUAUUUCCACCAAGCAAAAUCUGUUUAAUGAACCAUUAGGAUAUCACAUCAUGGAGCAGGCUGGAAAAGUGGACUUAAUGCAAGCUAAUAAUAUGAUCAUAGACCAAACUGAAGACUUGCUGCAUCAUAAAAAAGGAAUACUUCAGACUACCGAAUUUAUGGUUUCUGCAAAUGAGCAACAGACUGGUAUUAGCAAUAGUGAGUUUAUACAAGGCACAGUAAAUGAAGCAGCAGAUGUGCUAAGCCAAUUUGGAAAUACGAUAGAUGUUGUUUCCUCAGUAGGAGAUCUGGCAGAAAAUGUAAAUGAUGAGUCACAUGACGUAAACAUGCACAGUAGUGAAAUGCAGAACACGGUAAAUUUGCCACAAUCAAAAACAAAUGCCAUACAAGAAAGUCAGGAUGGAGGAAAUAUUAAAAUUUCAGAUAACAUAGUGCCUAUGAUGCCGUCAGAGCAAUUAGGUGGAGAUGUUUUAGGGAUCUCAUUUUCAGGGGAAGGGAACAGAAUUCACACUGCUGAUGAAAGGUGUAUAUCAGGUCCAAGUUCAGAUUACCCACUUCAAGUAAAGCAGCAGUUACUAGAACAACCCACAGACUUUGCACAACAUUACAUGCUACCUAUUGUAGAAAAAGUAAACAAUGAAGCUGGUAUACUUGAAAAUGCUACACAUCAUACAGAAGAAGAAAUGGAGGCUUCAGAAAACAUGGAGAUUUGGGUGAACAAAUUGCGACAGUUGGAGACCCCUGAAUUUAUGAAGUAUCAAAGAGAACCUCGUCAGCCUCGCUCUUCUCCACUACACAUGUAUGCCACACUGCCGCCCAUAAAAGAGGAUCAAGGCUCUCCAAAAGGUGGUCACUCUGAUUUCAAGUGGCAAUUGCAAGAACAAAAGGAGAAACUGGAUAUGAAUCCCCUUCCCACUCAAAGUGAUUCCGUAUUAGAGGCUAAAGUGACAGAACAGACUGAAGCAACAGAAGAGACUGGAAAGAAAUACUCUUGGGAGAGAAGCACAGAGAGAGCCUCUAAAAGGACAUCUCCACUUGAACUAAUGAGGAAGCACUCUGGUGAUGAGAUUUCCAGGAGUGACACCUACAAGGCCUUAAUCACACAAAAUCUUAGUCAGCGACAAAGUUCUAUAAUUGGAUCAUUACUGCUUUCUGAUAGAUUAGAUAAAAAGUCAGAGGCAUCUGAAGGAAAAUCCUAUUCAAGACUUGAAAGUAGCUUUCUUCUCAGUAGUUACAUUAACUCUCAAAAAGAUAAAUUAAAAGAGAUGCCAGGAGAUACUGAAAUACCUCCACAAAAAGAGUCCUCUACAGAUGACACUAGUGCAACCUUAACAAAUAACACCUUAACCAUUACAUUAGAAGAUUUGCCAACAGAGGACAACAAAGAUUUCUCCCAUCCACAACCUGGUCAUGUAACAGAUCCAGAUACUACUGAGCUUCCAUCCAAGAUAGACACACCAGUAUCUUCUUCUUCUUUUAAAGUCUUCCCGGAUGUUUGGCAUCACCCAGGAAAGAAUCAUGGCAAGCUGAACCCAAGACCAGGAAAGAUUAUUCUGUAUUCGGAGUCUGGUUUCAAGGGCCAUAGUCGUGAGAUCUAUAGUGAUGUGGGUUACACAAGUGACUGGGAUCUGCAUGGAUCGAUUUCUGUACGCAUUAUUCGAGGAGGAUGGCUCCUGUACGAAAAGCCACAAUUUCGUGGCAGACGUAUCAUGCUGUCUGAAGGGGAGACCGAUCUGACCUGUCCAUGGGAAGAAGAUAAAUCAAGUAACAACCUACAAGAUGGUAACAAGACACCUACGUUUUGGAUUGGAUCAUUGCGUCAUGUGGUUCAGGAUUUUCAAGUCCCAAAAAUUAGUUUGUUCAUGGAUGAAAAUGGAGAGGGAAAUAAGGUGACAAUUGUGGGGGCCACGCCAGAUUCACGUGUCUAUGGCCAACCAACCAAAACAGAAUCCAUUAUUGUGCACAGUGGACUUUGGUUGUUAUACAGUAAACCUUUCUUUGAAGGAGACCCUUACAUUUUAGAGCCUGGGGGAUAUCCAAACAGAAAAGCUUGGAAUGGGCAGGACUCACAUUUGUGCUCCUUGCAGCCUGCACGUAUUGGAGGCCCCACAGUGGAGAAACCUAAUGAACCCAAAAUUCUGCUAUUUCAAUCCCCUGGAUUUGAGGGCCAUAGCUGGGAAGUGACCAGAGACCUUAACUCCUUACAAGGAGAGCCAAACAGCCAUGGAGAGCGUCUAACUACUGUGGGAUCUUUGAAAGUCUUGGGAGGGUGUUGGGUUGGGUACGAGAAGGAAGGUUUCCAUGGCCACCAGUACCUUUUAGAGGAAGGGGAAUAUAAGGAUUGCUCUCAAUGGGGUGGAUGCACUGAAGAAUUGGGAUCACUUCGACAUAUCCAUACGGAUUUCUCUGCGCCUGAGAUAGUGCUUUAUGAGAAUCCAGGGUGCUCCGAAGGGCCAUGCUUGCGCCUGAAUGAAGCAUUGGCAGAUAUUGAGGUUGCUGAAUAUGGUACUAGCACUGGGUCCAUCCAUGUCUUGAAUGGAGUGUGGCUGGCCUAUGAAAAUGUUGAUUUCUCGGGAGAGCAGUAUAUUCUGGAGAAAGGUAUCUACCACAGCUGCCAUGACUGGGGAGCCAAGGACAGCCAAGUCUGUUCGGUGCAGCCAGUGCUACAGGUCGGGGGUCAGGACCAUCGCUAUUUUCCAACGAUACAAUUAUUUUCUGAACCUAACUUCCAUGGUUACUGUAUGACCUACGCAAAUGACCAUAUAUUGCUCCCAGAGAACUUCUCACCACAGUCCUGCCGGGUGGAAGGAGGCAGUUGGAUUUUUUAUGAAGGUGAAGAUUGCUGUGGAGAACAGUAUAUACUGGCGGAAGGGGAUUAUCCCACACGUACCGCCAUGGCAUGCCAGGAAUUUAGCACCAUACGGUCUCUCAAGAAGAUUCCCCUUUAUUUUUCUAUUCCCUCUAUCUCACUUCAUGGCCUGGAGAGAUUUGAGGGUAAGGAGCUGGAAUUCACCGGGGAAGUUCGGAGUCUGCAGGGCGAAGGAUACAAUAACCAUGUUCUGUCUGUUAGAGUGGCAAGUGGAAUAUGGGUGCUGUACGAGCACAAUGAUUUUCGGGGCAGGCAGUGGUUACUUGAAUGCACCCAGAUCCCUAACUGGUUGCUAUACAGUGGCCUUCAGAGAAUUGGAUCUCUCUGUCCUAUUAGACAGAGGAAGGUGUAUUUCCGCCUUCGAAAUCGAGCCCUGGGCCUGUGUUUAUGUGUUCCAGAGCCAACAGGGGAUAUGAAAGCUGCACGUGUCCAAGUCACUGAGCUAAAGGAAGGAAGCUGUGAUCUUUGGUACUAUGAGGAAGGACGCAUCAAGAAUCAGCUGGUACCUGAGAUGAGUCUACAGCUGGUUGGUAUGUCUUGCGCAGGGACAAAAGUAGUCCUGUGGUCUGAGGGGCGCAAGCCCAUGCAAACGUGGUCCCUGGAGGAUUCUGGGUUUAUACUGAGUUGCUUGUUUAAGGGCUUGUGUCUUGACGUAAAAGGUGGGCAGAGCUAUGACUCAGACCAUGUUAUGGUAUGGGAGGCUGCAGAAGACAGACCGACUCAACGCUGGGACCUGGAAGUGUUUUGAGACCAUCCGAUUUACUACAGAUGUGUCCUUGUACACUUAUUGCAGCAUAUUUGUGCUAUUGUGCGAGACACACGGCACAAUUUAUAUGUUCCGGCACAGGCAACCAUUCCAGUCAUUUUGUACUUCUUUCCCUGAAUUUCUUAUUGGCAUCAGUGUCUUAGUAUUUGUGUCGCAAGGUAAUUGGUAUAAAGUUGCAGAUUAAGCAUAACGAUAAGUGACGCAAGUCAUCUGUAUCAGACCUUUGUCUAUUGCCUUUUUACCCAGAUUAGUGAAUGAGUCGCACACAGAAGCUGCAUGAAAUGCCAGCGUCACUAUUCAGGGUACCAUGCAUUGUACUUUUCUUGAAUUAGUGAUGUGAAAUAGUCUCUGGCGGGACACAUGGUGCCACUAAGUCACAAAGUCUGUGGCACACCAGACGUGGCUAUUUGGCAAAAUUUAAAGAUCGGUGUAUGUGAACACAUCUGUACAGUCUAUGUUGUCCACUCAAGGAUAAUCUGUGCUGUUGGAAAAGUAACUGUUGAAUAUAUAUAGUACAAUUAAGACUAAUAUAAGAUACAUAAAGACUUUGCCUGCAUAUUCAAGUCAAUGGUCACUGUCGCCAAGUCUAAGCUUAUGCACCCAAAAAUGAAUACAUCAUCCCUUAAGAGCCACUAGGGUGUAAUGCAGUAUUACCUGAACUGAUACAGUUUGCUGCCUGGAUGUUCUUGUGCACCUAUCACUUUGGACACUCUGCCAUGAUAAUUUGGGGUUUCAUUAAAGUCAAUUUUCUAUUAUUUCCCAUGAUUGUCAAUCAUGUAUUCAUGUACAUACCAACCUAUCUAUCAUUUCCCCAAAUCUCUGAAAUGUGAAUCCGCUGCCCAACAUGACAGGGUCUAACUAGAUCUCCUUUAUAUAGUAUUAAUGAGCAUCCCUGUGCCUCUAGUUUCAGAUGCUAGAAUAUUUAUAUUAUAUAUAAAUUUAUUUUUAUACAGUGUUUUCUGACCUUCAUCUUUUCUAAUUCACACGUUCACGGUGGUUUUGUAUAUACUAUUAUAUGUGGGAUUUAUUAAAAUGACUGAACACGCAGCUGGCUCUGUGGUAUUUAUGUAAGUGUUAAAAGUUACCAGCAGUCAUACUGUUAUUGCAAUCUCAAUGUCAGGACAGCACAGAUCAUUAGAAGUUAUGUUUUCCACCU